UCCCACUCCUCGACCUGUAACAUGGAAACCGUGGCUUCGACCCUCAGCUCGACCCUCAGCUCUUCCUGGGAGGCACUCCACGCCCACCCGGUUGCAGGCGUGGCGUGUACCUGGCUCGCCUGGGCCCUCGCCCAGCCUGUGGUGGUGGGCCUGCAACGCGUGCUGCUCGCUCUGUUUUUCUUCCGCCUCCUCCGCCAGCUUGUGCGACUCGCAACUAAUGCCGAUGCCCGGUCUGCGGCACUUGGUGCAGUGCUGCGGUCGGUCCGCGGCAUGCCGGGCCUUGCUGGCGUCGUUGCAGCCGAGCAGGCCAAGACACUCAAGGAGAUCGAGGCUGUGGUUCUCGGCGAGACCUCGGACGCCAUGCAGGCGCUUCCGGUCUACACCUCGCUGCCUCCGAGCGGGCUGCCGCUGGCCGAGAUCGAGAGUACCAUGGCUGUGCUCACCAGUGAGCAGAAGAUGUACGAGGGCAAGAAGGCGUUUGGCGGCAUCUACCACGAGGCCGGCGGCAAGGUCUCCAAAGCCACCAUGGCCGCCUAUCAGGCCUUUACCUACUCGAACGCGCUGUACCCGAUGCUCUUCCCCGGCCUCCGCAAGUUUGAGGCCGAGGUUGUUGCCAUGUCGGCUUCGAUGAUGUGCGGCGGGCCCGAGGCGUGCGGGACCAUGACUUCGGGCGGAACCGAGUCACUCAUCAUGGCCAUCAAGACGUACCGCGACAUGGCGCUCGCCACCCGCGGCAUCACUGCGCCCGAGCUGGUUAUUCCGCUCUCAGCCCACCCGGCUCUCAACAAGGGCGCGCACCUGCUCGGCGUCAAACUGGUCGUUGUCCCGCUCGGCCCCGACUUUCGCGCUGACGUCUCGGCCUUUGCCGCUGCUCUCUCGUCGAACACCAUCAUGGCAGUCGCCUCGGCGCCGGGCUACCCGCACGGUGUCAUCGAUCCUGUCGAGGAGAUGGCGGCCAUUGCUGCCGACCGCGGCAUCCCGCUGCAUGUCGACACAUGCCUCGGCGGCUACCUGCUGCCGUUCCUCAAGGCCGAGGGCCGCCUCGGCCCCAACUUUGACUUUUCCGUCCCCGGCGUCACCUCCAUGUCUGCCGACCUGCACAAGUACGGUUGUGCCCACAAGGGCGCCUCGGUCAUCCUCUAUGCCUCGCCGGAGAUUCGCAAGCACCAGUACUUCCAGGCCACGACGUGGCCCGGCGGCCUCUACUGCUCGCCGUCGUUUGCCGGCUCGCGCCCUGGCGGCACCAUCGCCGCCGCCUGGGCCGCCAUGGUGGCCCAGGGCUGGGACGGCUACGUCGCCGCCGCCAACGAGAUUCACGACGCUUUUGAGGCCCUCGUCGACGGCAUCAACGCCAUCGACGGUCUUCGUGUCCUCGGCGAGCCUGACGCCGCCGUCAUCGCCUUUGACUCUGAUGAUCCAGCCGUCAACAUCCUGCAGGUUGCUGACGAGAUGACUGCUCGCAAAUGGGAUCUCACCCGCCUCAUCAAGCCGACUUGCGUCCACUGGAUGAUUGGCGGUCGGCAGACCGACCUCGUUGAGCCCAUGCUUGCUGACCUCCGUGAAUCUGUCGCCGAAGCCCGCGCUCAUCCCGAGCGUGCCUCUGAGGGCAUGGCCGGCAUCUACGGCAUGGCCGGCACCAUUCCGGACCGCACUGUCGUCGAUGAGCUCCUCACCGGCUUUAUGGACAUCAUCCUCAAGCCGUAGUCGCCUCCACACACCUCUUCGCCCGCCAUCCCAUCAC